AUGUCAACUUGUCCAAAUGGAAAUGCGCCAGCCUGCGUGCGCUCUGCGAGGCCACGAGCGGACAAGGCAACAGGACACGGCGACACAAAAAGAAUUCUCGUCUGUCCGCCCAAGCUUCCUCCCUCCCGCAACACGCCGCUGAGGAUGAGCGGUCUCGUCUGUCGUGUCUGCUUCGAGGAGCUUCCCAGCUCGUGUCCGGACACCGAGGCCGGCACCGGCAUGAUCCAGCCGUGCCUCUGCUCUGGCUCUGCGCGCCUCGUGCACCGCCGGUGCCUCGACACCUGGAGAUCGACAAGGCGCGGCAACGCCUUUACGCACUGCGGGACGUGCAGGUUUCGAUACCGGGUGGUCACUCGCAAAGCCAAGCCGAUUGAGCUGCUGGCCUACCGCUUGACGAUAGCGCGAGACAUUGCUCUCCUCGCGUCGAUCGCCUCGUGCCUAGUUGUGCUGUGCUCCGUGAUCGCUGCGUGGCUGUCGCGCGAGGUUGAGGAGCGAGGAGGCACCGACAGCCUCGCCGGCCUGGGCAUCGACAGCACCACUGCCCGGCAGCUGACCAGGCUGCUUUUGCCGGGCGCCGGGCUCGAUGCGCCAGACGGCGACAGCGCGGCGGCGACCGGCGGGUCGCUGUCGCUGCACAACCCUGCUUGCCCGUGGUCCGUGUGGCUCGGCGCCGGUGCGCUGCUUUUGUGUGCGCUGCUUGGAGUGGCGUCGAUCCUCGCUUGGGCGCUCGGCCUGAUCCCCAACGACUUUGAGGUGCAGUGGCCUCGGAACUGCCAGUGCUUCGUCUUUGCCGGGCCUGUGGUGCUCCUCGCCGCCGCCGCCCUGUGCGUCUUUGGACUGGUGGUGGGCGUCUCGAUCGCAACGCGGCUGCUGCGGCGCGGCUUUGUGCGCCACGCCGAGGUUGCGUGGCUGCGCGACGAGACGAAGCGGCAUGUGGUGCAAGACCUGCGAGGCGUCAACCUGGAGCGAGCCGGCUAA